CGGACAUCGGCCGCUUCAUAGACAAACCGUGAGGAGGAGGAGACGAGAACGGAGAGCCGCCGCCGCUUCACCGGGAGAGCGGCGAUGCCCUGCGCCACAGCGCCGGACAAAACUUUCCCCGAAGUGGCCAGAAACUCGUGCGGAGAAACGGCAACUGACGGGAGCAGUCUGGCUGUCCCCGGCACCAUGCAGCGGGGCGGCUCAGAGACGUGUCUGGAGCUGGAUGGGGAGGGGUCCGUACGAGACGCGGGUCGCGGGCGCCUGGGACUGGAAGGGCUGCAGCAGAAGAUACUGAAGGUGACAGAGCAGCUGCGGAUUGAGCAGGCCCUGCGAGACGAGAACGUGGCCGAGUACCUGAAGCUGAUCAACAGCGCCGACAAGCAGCAGAGUGGGCGCAUCAAACAGGUGUUUGAGAAGAAGAACCAGAAAUCAGCUCAAACCAUCACUCAGCUGCAGCGCAAACUCGAGCAGUACCACCGCAAGAUCAAAGAGUGUGAUGUCACUUCCUCCUCAAAUGGGACCAAACACACACAUACACAUAGCAAAGAUGCAAAGGAGUCGUCCAAGGACAGCUUGAAAGAGUGCAAGGAAGCAGCGGUCAGGGGCAGUGGACGUCACCCACAGCUAGACAAGGUGAAGACCAUCGGCCCGGGGGUUUCUCUCUCACCGCCUUUUUUUUUCAACAAGUCCCGUGGCUUCGCCAACCUCAUCCGCAACAAGUUUGGCAGUGCUGACAACAUUGCCCACCUGAAGAGCACCAUGGAGACAGGGGGUGGGCUGCAGGCAGAGGGGGCAGGACGGGUGCUGAGUGGCAGUGCUACGCUGACCAGCAAACCCAAAUACCCUAGCGAUGACGAGUGCUCCACAGGCACGUCUGUGUCUGUGGAGAGCAAUGGACACAACUCGGCUCUGGGUGCCACCCACAUUGAGGCGGUGCCAGGGGAAAGCUCCAGCAGGCUGGCCGAGGCCCUGGAGGAGGUGCGUGAGGUGAGGGAGGCGCAGACUCACCUGGCAGAGGACAUAGAGAACCUACGGAGCCAAAUAAAGCGCAACUAUGGCUUUAUCUCACAGAUGCUUCAGGAGGAGAGAUACAGAUGCGAACGGCUGGAGGAUCAGCUGAACGAUUUGACCGAGCUGCAUCAGAAUGAGACGGCCAACCUGAAGCAGGAGCUGGCCAGCAUUGAGGAGAAAGUAGCCUACCAGGCCUACGAACGAGCCCGCGACAUACAGGAGGCGCUGGAGGUGUGUCAGACGCGGAUCACUAAGCUGGAGUUGCAACAGCAGCAGCAGCAGUUAGUGCAGCUGGAGAGCGCCGAUGCCAAAGUGCUGCUAGGAAAGUGCAUCAACAUCAUGCUGGCCAUUGCCACGGUAAUCCUGGUGUGCGUCUCCACGGCAGCCAAGUUCACGGCACCAUUGCUACGGAGCCGGCUGCAUGUGCUCGGGACCUUUGUGUGUGUGUGUGUGCUCGCGCUGGGCUGGAGCCACUGGGAGCACGUACAGUGUGCAGCGGAGAGAAUGUUCCUGCCCAGCUGAGGAACUUAUAGCCUGUAUAUGUCUGUGUGUGUGUGUGUGUGUGUGUGUGUGUGUGUGUGUGUGUCUGUGUGUGUGUGUAAUCGUACGCUGAAAAAGUUCAAGUACACUGAAAAAAUUGAACUGACUUAAUUGAUCAGUUCCACAUGAAUAAAAUAUAUUACGUCUGCAUAGUUUUAGUCCUUCAAUUUACUCCUGGCGUAAUAUAUAUUAUUCAUGUAUAAGUUAUGUACACAUUAAAAUCAAGUAAAUUCAGUGCAUGUAUUUUUUUCAGUGUAAUACUGACACUGGAAUUAUAGUUCCUUCCUGGACUCUUCGCUACAGUCGGGCAUUUGCAAUGAGGAACUGUGCUGUGAAUUUUGGCUUUAAAGGAACUCUUUUGUGUGUGUUUGUUUGUGUGUUCAGACCAUAAUGACCUUUAUUAUUGACACAUUGGGAUUCCAGUUUGUCCUGGACUCAUCACUACAGUUAGAGAUUCACUACAAUGAACUGUUCCCUGAAUUAUGGCUUUAAAAAACUUUUCUGUGUGCUUUUGUAUUGAUCUGCUUCUCUACUCCAGCAGACACGGGUCCAUCUCUGUCACUGUAUUGUAACAGGUCCAUCUGUAUAACUGUUGUAAUGGGUCCAUCUGUGUUACUGUAUUAGCUGUUUUGACCUGAUUCACUAUACUGUUCUAUUUUCUAAGGGUGCACCAUGUAGCAGCAGCUAGUAUUUUGUUCGCUGAUGAAUGGUAAAAUAGAAUUAUUAUUAUCAGUCCCAGAAUUAUAACUGAUAAUUUAGUGCCCUAUUUUUACUGUCCUAUUUAUUUUUAAACUCAUAACAGUACACCCUUAAAACAUGGGCUCUUUAGUAAAGGCAAUUUUUAUAUAUAAAACCCUGUAAACACAAAGAACCAUUUGAACUGAAUGCUUUCCAUCUAUAAGGAAAGCCUGUUGUAUAUGGUUCUGUAAAGAACCUUUUUUUUUUUUUAAUGGUUUGGAGAAAUCGUCCAAAAAACAAAAUGUUAAAUAUUGUUUAUUAUUAUCUCCCAAAAUUCCAUAUCGGUGCAUCCCUGCAUCUCCAGAGUCUCCCUAAUAGAUACUUAGCUUUGUGUGCAUUGGCGGAGUAAACACAACAUUUGGCUGUAACAGUCUGAGUUCAGGCAUGCCAGAAAUGUUUGUGUUAUUAUGGCCUACUUUUCCUGAAGAGUGGGAGUAGUGUGAAGCUCAGCACACACAGCUUAACAUAUGCACACACACUCGCCCUCCGAAACGCACACUUAAGGCGGAGCAAUGUUUGUGGAGUGAACUGUUGUGAAAAUGAAAUAUAUUGUUAUAUGUUGACAAAAUAUUCCAAAACAUUAAUGGAAUAUAUUGUAAUAUGUUUUCAAUGUAUUACAUUUUUGUGUGGGGCAGCUUUGGAAUAAUUUUCACUGUGCAGAAAAAAGUGAACUUGCUUUUCGUCAUUGUCAGAAGUUUGUGGUAGGGUUGCCUUUCUAAAUGAGCAAGUGAAGUAAAGUAAGCAUGUAAUGAACUUCAGAACUGUUUUAAAUGAAGGCUGAAAGAACUAUUUUUGUACCUUUUUAAAUCUCUAUUCAGAAACUAUGUUGGAACUAAUGCAAAUACAGUGACCUCCACCAA